ACGAAGUGGGUAUACAGAUUUUUGGAGACGAAUAGGCAAGUACAUAUUUAUGAAUAAUUAGAUUAUUAUAGUAUGGCCCAACAUGGAACAUAGAAAUAUAAUUAAAAAGAAAAAUGGAAAAAUAUGUGCAUACUUUGUACUCAAAAACUUUGUGAACUCACCACGUAGACUGUAGACAUCACAUAAUAUUUACUUCCCUAAUUGACUCGCCCGCGGUAAUCUUUAGCAGCCUUGAAUUCGUUUACGCAAGAGUGAUCAUUGACAGUAGUUAUCAUUAAAGUCAUAGUUAAGCAUGUCUUGCACACAAAUAAAACAGUUAGAAACAUUGUUAAGAAAACAACUAACUAAAAAAACUAUUAAAAAUGUGAAUAUUAGCAGGCUUACUGAGCCAGGUGAAAACUUUGGUAGUAUAAUGUACAAACUUGAUAUUGUAUUAAGUAAUAAUGAUAAUGGUACCGAAGAGAUACUCCAAGCAGUGGCAAAAACCCUUCCAGAUACUGAACUCUGGAGGAAAAUAUUUAAUAUACAAGUGACUUACACAAAUGAAAUGGCUUUUUAUGAGAUAGUUUUGCCUACUUUUCUGGAAUUUCAGCGAAGUUUGGGGAUUAAUGAAGUUAUUAACUGUUUCGCUGAGUGUUUAGCAGUAAGAAAAAACCUGCUGGAAAAUAGUGAUAUUAUUGAUGAUGAUGCCGUUAUUGUUCUUGAGAAUCUAAUACCUAAAGGUUAUAACAAUAUCGAUAGGUUCAAAGGAUUCGAUUUGAAUACUACAAAAAUUAUUCUGAAAGACAUUGCCCAUUUACAUGCCGUUGCUUUAUCUCUGAAAUUAAAAGAUCCUAAAACAUUUGACGAAAAAGUUAAAAAGUACUGCCAUGUGUAUGAAGUUCCAAAGGAGCAUAAUACGAAUAAUGGAUUUUUGAAAGCACUGAUAGCGGAAAAUGAAGAGUGUCGUCAGUAUGUAUCAAGAAUUCAUGGUUGGGGAGAAAUCGCUAAGUCUCCACCCAGAGAACCAUUUGCGACUGUAGUACACGAAGAUUUGUGGACGAAUAAUACUAUGCAGAAGUUUGAAAAUGGACAGCCCAUUGGAAACAAACUAGUUGACUUACAAAUUUAUGAGUAUGGAUCUCCAGCAGCUGACGUGUUUUUCUUUAUUUUCUCUAGUAUUCCCUUAGAAGUACUAAAACGACACUUAGACGAUCUACUUCAUUUUUAUCACGAAAGCCUAACAAGUUUACUUAAAAAACAUAAAUGUGAUUUGAAAUUUUCUUAUGAUCAGUUUUUAGAAGAAAUGGAAUUUGUUUCCGCCUAUGAGUUCGGCCAUGCACUUCUCUUCCACAUUAUAGCUGUAAAUGGGAAAAAAGGAGGACGCGAAUCUUCUGAGGAGAUACCUUCUGAAGAUAAGUUUCUUAAGUAUAUUUCUCAACCAGUAAAAGAAAAAGCGUGGUAUAUGGUUAAAGAAUGUGUUAAAAGAGGAUGGUUAAAAUAAAAAACAAAUACAAAA